CCUCCGCCAUGCAGCACAAGGCACUGUGGAGUGCUCUGGAGUACACCUGCCGAUUGCUGGGCAUCUCCACCGCAGCAGUGCUGAUCGGUGUGGGCGUAGAAACCCUGCAGCGAGGACAGUUUAAAAGCCUGGCUUUCUAUCUGCUUUUUUCAGGGGUUGCAGUUGCUGUCUGUGAAGGCUUCUUCUUUAUCAGUUUGUUCCUGGAGAUGUGCUUCACUCACAAGCCUGAAUUCCUGGCACAGGCCUUCUGGAAGCGAGCUAGAUGCCCAGGGAGCUUCCAGAAAUUCCUGGGGUACACACUGCUCUCAGUGGCUUGCUUCCUGCAUCCUGUCCUCGUCUGGCAUGUCACCAUCCCUGGGUCCAUGCUGGUGCUCACUGCCCUGGCCUACUUCCUGCUGAGCAAGAGGAGGAAGAGCCCAGGGCACAAAGACACACAUCCCCAGGCGGGUCAGUACGUGGACCCUUCAGGCACUGAGGCAGCCCCAACCAUCAUUGGUGACACUGAGCAGACCUACACCUUCCACGGGGCCCAGAGGGAGCAGCACCGCUCGCUUCUGGGCCAUAUGAAGAGCAUCCUGAAGGGCAGCAAGGACAGCAGCUCAGCCCCAGACACUCCUGUCCAGCCAGCAGCCGUGCCAGCGCCUCGCAAGCAAGUGCACUUUGAGGAGAAGGUGGUGCAGAUCAUCCCCUCUGUCAGCGAGGACGUGGAGGAUGUGGAGAGUGAGGCUGAGGAGACCACAUCAGACACAACGCCCAUCCUCACCCCACCUGAUGCCCCCAUCAUCAUCGCCCCUCUCAGCUCUCCUGGCCUCUUCUGAGCCCUCAGCAGGACUGAGGACAGAACAGCCUGCUGCUACCCUGGAGCAGAUGCUCCAGCAGCCAACGGGCCCAAGGAGGUGGCCCUUAUUGCCUUCCGUACUUUGGGGGUGACAGCUGUGCCACCCCCUCUCCAGGGGCUGCCUGCACUCCCUGGUCCCCUGCAUUGUGGCGGCCAGGGGACAGGUGGGGUUCAGCUGGGGUAGGGCCAGCACAGUGAGGUUUCUGCUCCC